AUGGAAGUUGGGAUGCUCGACUCACUAACAAGGGCGUCUAUGUUCGGAAGUGGACAAACUUUCAACUCUAAUGAGUAUUUUGGAGUACCAUUGGGCUUAAUUAAAUACAAGAAAUGGAAUACAUCGGCUGAGGUCUUUGCUGCUGAUGAUCACACUUUGGUGCUCACUCAUUUCGAUCAUCAACCAUUCGAGGCUGGAUGUAUCUCUUUGAUGGUCGGACCAGCGAGGAAAAAGGAUCAAGGCCGGACUGUCACCAAUGGAGUUCUUUUACCCUACUCAAAACCGAACUUUGCAUGGGAUGACUUGGAGAUGCUUAAGAGAUCAAGAGCAAAACGUCAUGUGUUCCAGCACAUUAUGGAGAGUUGGCCUCGAUUCGCUCAUUUACGUUUGGAAGAAAAGAAGCCAAUGGAUAAGCCGAUGGAGGAACGGGGAAUGGAUGGGGUGAGGGGAGGACAUGGAGUGAGGGGAGGACAUGGAAUGAACGAUGGGAUUCAUUUGGAGAUGAAGGAUCGAGGUAAAGAAGUCAAUUUUAGAGCCACUCAAGUCCGACAACUCAACAACAGCGCCGCCUUUGGUGAUUUUGAGGAGAUGCCCGGAAAAGUGAUGACAAGUACAAUGGAUUUGAUGAAAGAAGAAGGAAAAGGACUUCGAGUAAUGACCCCAGAAGAACUCGAUCAUCUCCGAAAGAAGUCUAGAAAAUUGGCGAAAACCGAGAAAAGUCUAAAGAUCUUGAGAUCAAGCGAUUUUAGCUCAAUGGAUAAGGAAGCUACGGAAACUGAUGUAGGAAUUGUGGAAUUGGAAGAGGAUGGAAGUGAUGAAGAAGAUUCGAUCAAACUUGCAGAGAAGAUCUCAAAAAUGAUUGAGAAGAAGGAAAAGGAAAGAGAGACGUUGGAGAUCGUUGUGAACAAGCAAGAGAGAAAAGAAAAUGAUAAAAAAAAGGGACAAGAGAAGGCGAGAGAAGAUGGGAACGUUGUUAAAGCAGGCAUUGGAAAGAGUGCGGGAAUUGUUGUUGUUAAAGGGAUUGGAAAGAGUCCAGGAAUUGUCAAGAAAGGGAAGGCUAUAAUGCAAACAAAGAAUCCUUUGAGAACAUCAGCUACGACUCUCCAAACAACUAUGAGCACAGAAAUGUCAUUGAAGACAACUAGAGAUGAACAAUUCCAACCCAAAUUGACAACAAUGAUGGAAAUGCAGCCAACAAUCACAACCACUCAGCGCACAAAUGACGAAACAACACUUGAAGAAAUUUUGCAAGUCAAAGCCAAACCGGAAGAGACAACCACUACAGCAGCUCCGAUGACCACAACAGUCAAGAUUGAACCGACUACAGCGGAACACGAUGACGUCGAAAUGAAAAACGAAGAGAAAAUUGCGCAGACCGAGACUUCUCCUUUACUUGAAACGACAACAAUUACAGCAAUUGGGAAAUUCGAGAAGAAGAAAGAUGAUGAGAUGGAGGUGUUGUUGAAGGAAAUUGGAGUGAAAGAUCGGAGUGCAAAGAUUGAGAAUCGCAAACCAAAAUAUCAAAAACUGGAUGUGCUCAACCAGUUCUCGAUUCCGCAAAUCAAUGACGGGAAGGCGGCUUUUCUACUCACAAAUGGCGCCUCAUUGGCUGACUACCGGUGGAUUGGGUUAUACAAUCAGUGUACAAAGGAACCAGUGCCACUCAUUUCGUUGGAUGGACUAGACGCGCCACGAGAAGAGAUCAUUAGUCCGAUAAAAGGUAAAAACAAGCACAUCUCGUCGGGUCCAGUGAGGAUUCUCAACUGCAACACGAUUCUCAUUCCCGAUUUUCGAUUUGUGGAGAAAAUGGAGAAGCCGGGUGGAAAUGAACCCCUCGAGAACUAUCACGGUGAUGAUGUGAUGAUUCGAUUGCCGGCUGGAUUGAGAACUUUUGAUGUCGACUUUUUGGCGAUUUACAAUGAGAUUGUACUCGCAAGAAAGAUGGCCAAAAAAUAUCACGCGCAGUGUUUUGAUGGUGUAACCGACAUUUCAAAUGUACGACGUUGUAUCCGCGAACAACAUCCCGUGCUUGUUAUCAUGCGCGGAUUACCGGGAUCGGGAAAAUCCACCAUUUCGCGGGAGCUCGCACAAAUUUUGCCCGAGGAAAGCCGAAUUUAUUCAACGGACGAGCUCUUCAUGGUGAACGAAAAGUAUUGUCACGACUCGGCUCUUCUCACCGAAUAUCACUUGAAAAAUCAGAAACGAGCAAAAGAAGCGAUGGAAAACGGUGUAAAAUUGGUGAUCAUCGACAACACAAACAUUAAAAUUGAGCAUUUACAAUUCUACGUGUUACAAGGUUUGCGUUCAUUAUACGAGGUGUACGUGCUUGAAUCGACAGCACCGUGGGCUUGGAAAGUCAGUGAAUGCGCUAGAAGAAAUACACAUGACAUGCCGAAAGCUCGAAUUAAAGCGAUGGCUGAUUCGUAUCAGAGGAUUUACAGCUUUCAUCAUUUACUGAUGAAUAUGGGUUACACGUUGAAAAUUCAACCUCCACUAUUCAGCGUGGAAGAGUCGAAAAUGAUAAUAGAAGAAGUGAUCCCUGAAUCAUCGACGAAUAAUAGCGACUCAGAUAGAGAUUCUGGAAUCAGCUCAGCGCCAUCAGAAGCAGCUUUUAAACAAAUUAACCAAGAACUAGAGGCCCUGAAUCUCCCAGAAGUUGUUGAAGUUAACGAGAAAAAAUGUUCUGUCGAUCGGUUGUCGCCAAAUAACAAAAAAGUGCCGCUUGGGCCGCCGCCAGGAUUCGAAUUUAAAAAAAACUUGUUUUCUCUUAUGCCGGAAGUGCGUGUAACACAUAUCGAUUUGGAAGUUCGAGCCUGUGGAACGCAAACGAACGAUUGCACUACCAUUUUGCACAAUGCUGGCUAUCCUAUUGAGCAAUUUGUUUUUGAGGAAGAACCAGCGAUUUUGAAGAAAGAAGUCACACAAAAGCAAACGAAAGAGAAAGGAGAGCAAGAGAUAUUAGGGUGGUACGAUGAGAUGGAUCUUUUCGUUUCACUUUUUCCGGAACAACCGCAAGAGCUGCUCUUCCAUUACUAUUUACUUUUUGGACUAAUCGAUGCAGUUAGGAUGAUGAUCGAUUUAAACUAUUCGCCAGAAUGGGAGAACGAGCCCGUACCGAAUCUCUUCUGUUGGGAAACGGCUCUUUCCAGUGAAUCAUGUACUUCAAUCCACGGUGUUCCAUUGCCGCUUAUUGCGCCUAUCGAACAGCCUGAGGUUGACCCAAAAAGGGCUUUUCCGGCCGAGGUUUUGAAUCAAAUGAUGGAGGUCCCAAUGGACAACGAUUUUGCUGCUGUUAUUUAUUCGAUUCUUGACGAUUUGCAAAAGAUGCCAUCACAAUUCAAACCUGUUCAAAUGAGGCUUCUGCUCUACCUUCAUAUGGCGUUUAAUGGUUAUUCUCUGAAAAAGCCUACCGGCGAAGAAUUGGCAAUGAUUGCGGCUCCCGAUUUGCCUGGUUUGUCAACAUUAGAAAUAGAAAGUGACGGUGAGGAACGAUGUUUGCCGAUCAACGACGAAUUUAUGGGACUACUAGAUUUAUUGUUUGGUCACCAAUAUCCUUCUCGUGGCUUUGAUCGCCCGUUGCCCUACUGGUUGCUGCGCACGUUCUUUGUGGCCAUUCAACCAAAUAAUGAUGCGCUUAUAAAGAGAUCGAUAGAAAGUGACGAAGAGUUUGCUCGUAGGCUGCAGGCUGAAGAAAAUCGAAUGCACGGAAUACCAAACAAUACGCCAAGGAGAGCUUUAACGUGGAACGAAAAGCUCAAUUUGAAGGAGUUGCAGGAGAAAUUUUCGAGGAUCGAAGGAGGCUUUAUCGAGGAACUCUUCUAUGAUUAUGGAUGUAACGCUUCAAUCAUUGAGAAUAUGCUGAGAGUUCAAUUUGGGACAUCGACCAGUAAAGAGCGCACCUAUACACCAGAACUUCAGCAAUUUGAGAAAUUCGAUGUUGUUCCAACUUUUCCGAGCCUCGAAGAAGCGCAAGAAGCGGCUUUGGUUCAACGAGAGGCUGCGACGGAUCUGCGAAAUAAAGAGGCUGAACUUCGUAGGAAAGCACAGACGCACCGCAUAAAUCCACAAACACGUCAAAGUUCUCAGCAUUAUAUCAACGAGGCAAAUAAGUAUCGUGAUCAAGCAAAAGAGUACGAAAAGCAGUCUGAAGCGAUAUUAAUCAAACACAACGAGAAAGCGGCUGUACUCGAUUUUCAUGGAAUGCUAGUGAAACCCGCAAUAGCGACUCUUAAAGCAAGAUUGAAGAGUGCAAGCCGUUUAUCGCCGCAGCAAUUAGCUACCUCCACGCGACGACUUCGAGUUAUUACUGGUUACGGUAAGUCCAAUGAUGGAAAAUGUCUAACAAAAGCUGCAGUGAAGCAGUAUCUGGACGCUCAUAAGUACAGGUAUUACAUGGAUAACCAAGGAGAAUUUGUGGUCACCUAC